GGGAAAGUGGGAGUGGUGUCAAUGAGCAGGCAAGCUAAGAGAGUCUUCUGCUCGGCAAGGUUUCACCACGGGUAGCUAGUUCUUCGUGCUGUACCCAUUUCAUUGAUUCGUUUACCAGGAUUAUAGCCUUGCAAAAAUGACGAUGGACGCUCUGCAACUAGCAAACACUGCCUUUGCAGUUGAUAUGUUCAAAAAACUAUGUGAGAAGGACAAAACAGCCAAUAUUAUUUUUGCCCCACUGUGUACUUCAACGUCUCUGGCUCUGGCAUAUAAAGCUACGAAAGGUGAUACUGCAGACCAAAUGAAACAGGUACUCCAUUUACAGGAUGUCAAAGAUGUUUCUUUCGGGUUUCAAACAGUAACUGCAGAUGUUUCCAAGCUCAGCUCUUUCUUUGCACUGAAAAUGGUCAAACGGCUCUUUGUAGACAAGUCUCUUAAUCCUACCACAGACUUUGUCAACUCCACAAAGAGACCUUUUCCAUCUGAACUGGAAUUAGUGGAGUUCAAAGAAAAAACUGAGGAAACCCGACAGAAGAUCAACAAAUCUCUUUCAGAGCUAACUGAUGGCAAAAUGGAGAAUAUUUUGAAUGAGGAUAGUGUAAGUGACCAGACUCAGAUCCUCCUAGUUAAUGCAGCUUAUUUUGUCACAAACUGGAUGAAGAAGUUCCCAGAGGCAGAGAUCAAAGAAUGUCCUUUUAAAGUCAACAAGACUGAAACUAAACCAGUGCAAAUGAUGAAUCUGGAAGCUACUUUUUGCCUGGGCUAUGUAAAAGAAUUAAAUGUUGCCAUCCUCGAGCUUCCAUGCCUUAACAAACAUAUAAGCAUGCUCAUUCUGCUGCCCAAAGAGAUUGAAGAUGAGACCACUGGCUUGGAACAGCUGGAAAAGGCACUCACCCCCGAGACAUUAUUACAGUGGACCAAUCCCAGCAUGAUGGCCAACACCAAAGUGAAUGUAUUUCUUCCAAAGUUUAGCGUGGAAGGUGAUCAUGACCUGAAGCCACUUCUAGAAAGCCUGGGCAUGACAAAUGUCUUCAAUGAGAGCACAUCAGAUUUCUCUGAGAUGUGUGAGAGCAAAGGUGUGGUUUUGUCGAAGAUCAUCCAUAAAAUCUCUUUGGAAGUAAAUGAACAAGGUGGCGAGUCCCGAGAGGUACCAGGAUAUCGGAUUCUGCAACACAAAGAUGAAUUUAAAGCUGACCAUCCAUUUAUCUUUUUGUUUAGGCACAACAAAACUCGCAACGUGAUUCUUUCAGGCCGAUUCUGCUCCCCUUAA